UAUGCAAUGUCAUUUAGACCGUCGGACAUACAAAGUUCAUUUCUUGCUAAAACGAAAUCAAAAUAAAUUGUAAUAAUGUGAAAAGUCCUGAGGAAUUUAACAGACAGUGUUUAUUAAUAGUCGUCUCGAGGAAAUUCACAGUAAAUAAAUGACGAACAUUUUCGCUUAUUUUACAGAUAUUUUAAAAAUACAAAGGCACAAAAUGAAUAUACACAGCCCCAAUGAAAAGGAUUUGCAAUGGACCGGAAGUUGGAUACCAGGAAUAUAAAACUGCCACUACUCUUACAUCUCUUCUAAGGGUCACUGCCAGUAUUACCCGUUGCCAAAUAUCAAGAUGCGGUUUGCUUUUGACCCCAAUCAAUCGCAGUCGGAGCCGCCUUUCAAAGGCAACAGAUGCUUCUUUAAUUGCCAAUGCCUAUGCUGUCGCCAAGGAUGCUGUGUGGUGGUUGUUAAGUGCUGCUGUUGCUUUAGCUUCAACUGCUGCAGCAGCAAUGGAUCCCGAAAAUCAUUUAUCCAGCCGGCUGUGGCGCGCAAGAAAGUUCUUGAUCCAGAAGUCUUAGGCGUGUCAAAGCUUAUGGGAGCCAUUUUGGUGCUUGCUCGAUGGACGACUGCACUAGCCACCCUUCUUACAAGCUGCAUCCUCCUGGAUAUUUUCUCGGUACUUGCCCAGUCCGAUGUCUCCGAUGGAAGCAGGGCCAACAGUAGGGCAGUCCACAUGCCUGUUCCUACCACGCCAAACGAAACUCCCAGCAGCAAUACGGACUCGAAGCUGAAGCUAUUUUACGGGUACACCUCGUACGACAUAAAUAAUGACCAGCAGGUGAAGUCCAACAACCUGUGCCGAAUGCUUUGCAGCAGUCGCAAUCGCAAACGACAACGAAGAAGACGUCGUCGGCGCAGGCGCAGGCGCCGCAGGAACCGAAAUGCGGUUAGCGAUAAACGGCAACCAGUUCAACGCAAACCGCAAAAACACCUUCGAACCGAUCGACCGAUGCGAAGGAACGAGAGCGUCUUUCAACAAAGAAUACGCCUUAGCGACGGCAUAUGCCAAACCUUAGAGACAAAUUAUAGAGUAGAUUACGACACAGUUACAGGAAUAAAACUGUUGGGUCAGUCCGAAAAAAGCGUUCUAGUGUCGCCUCUGAGGGAAAUAAUAUCACCUUGGGCAUCGACACAUGGCUCAAUUCGCAACUGCUCAAAAAUUAAACGCAAUAGAGCCAAUCUUAUUUGGCUUCUUAUUGGGCUCGUUUGGUUUGAAGUCAAACUAAUAAACUGCAACGGAAUCAGCAGUGGCAAUUACUAUGCUUCCAAUCUGGAGUCUCACAAGGGAUGCACCUUGUGUCACGAAGGAGGCAAGCUCAACAUUUACAACGAUAAAGAUAAUCCACAUACAGACUACAACAUCUACAACAAAUACCAUACCAACAAUUAUUUCAACAAAAAAACUAAUCAACCACAUAACAACAUUGCACCGAGCGACCAAGUUCGCUUGGAGUCGAUUAAACGGCAAAUUUUGACGAAGCUUGGUCUUAGCCACAAACCCAAUGUAUCUCAUCCCCUUCCUAAACAAUUUAUUUGGGAAACUAUAUAUCGUGCAGAUGGUGGACGGAUGGACAAUGCCUUUGAGAGCAGUGGUAAUGAUUUUGAUCAACAGAACUCCAGAGCACGGACGUUAGCCCUACCCGAAACACAUAGGUUCAGUGGCCGGGGCGGUAGGAGUUAUCCUAGUAGUCAACAUCAAUAUCGAUCCCCGUUCGAUUAUACUUUUAACACAAGUAAAGGGAACGUUUAUGAAAAGGUCUUGAGAAAUCGGCCUGCAGACCGAAGAAGGCAUUAUAUGCAAAAAGACGAUGAGAAAAACGUAUUUUUGAAAAGAUGGACAGAGAAACGUCAAUUAAAAAUGAAUUCUCGUAUUGCGUCUAAAUCUACAUCACAACACGAAAGCCACCAUGGCAGUAUUACGAAGAUGCUUAAAAACGGAGAUGCCAAAAAUGUUAAUAGCAUCGGCGGCAAACAAAUGAAUGCGAAUGCGUACAGAAAAUCUACAUAUCUGAUAGAUAUAAACCGUAGUAGUGAUAGUAGCGCCAACACUGGCAUUAAUGGUGAGAUCAGGCGCAAUGCUUAUGAUUAUUUUAACGAUUACAGUGUUCAGACUAAUGAGAAAAGCCACGAAAGUAGCUCUAGCGUUGGAUAUCAUUCAAUGGUCCAAAAUAUUGAAGGAGAAAAACAGAAGCGGCAUUACGAAUCGGUUGUUCAUGACCAGGAAAAUAUUGAUCAUGAAGACUUCUUUGGAAAUACUCAGGAAAUAAUUACAUUUGCAGAAGAAGGAACCCAAUAUCGACAAUAUCGAAUACUUGAAUUUUCGCCCCAAAAUCGGCGUGUUCCUAACCAAAAACUCUCCAUACGCAGCGCUCAGAUCCACAUACGAAUAGACAAACCACACAGUUUCUGGAUGGAAAGAGCAAAAAAUUUGCAAGAAGAACAUUUGCCAAAUACUAAACGGAAAUGGCGGGCAAAUAAACCUCACCAUAGAAUAAAAAUCUGGGUUUUUCAAUUAUCAACUGCGAUAAAUAUUACAGAAAAGGGAAUAGACAAAGCUAUUUUGUUUCGGGCUUCCUUUGAUGUCGACACCAAGCAUUUGGGAUGGCAAAAAUUCGAUUUAACCGAAACAAUCCGUGAGUGGUAUGGGCAUGGCAGUGACGAAAAGCUACGACUGUUGAUUGAUUGCACUGGCUGCGGUGGUCGGUACUCAUUGCACCUGUUCCAAACUGCGAAACUAGGAGACAACUCAUCAGAAUCAGAGUAUAUGAGCCCUAAUCUUAAUCGACCAUUUCUCGUACUUCACACGGAAUCAACGAGGACAAGACGUGUUAGGAGACGCGCCGUGGAUUGUGGCGGUGCUCUUAGUGGUCAAUGCUGCAAAGAGUCCUUCUAUGUAUCCUUCAAGGCACUUGGUUGGGACGACUGGAUUAUCGCUCCAAGGGGAUACUUUGCCAACUAUUGCAGAGGGGAUUGCACGGGGUCCUUUAGGACACCAGACACUUUCCAAACAUUUCAUGCCCAUUUUAUAGAGGAGUAUCGAAAAAUGGGUCUCUUAAAUGGAAUGCGACCCUGUUGCGCCCCAAUAAAAUUCUCUAGUAUGUCUUUGAUCUACUACGGGGAUGAUGGAAUCAUUAAAAGAGACUUGCCAAAAAUGGUUGUUGAUGAGUGCGGUUGCCCUUAGCUAUACUUCCUUUUACAGCGUGCUCAAUAUCUGCCUUUACAUUUUCUAUUUUCCGUCCGGUAGACAUACACAUAAAUGUCCUCGGUUGUCUUCAAAGUCAAAACGGGAGUUCUUUAAUAUAAGUUUUAUGUUCUAAUACAUUCUAUUGACUUGGAAUGAAAAUGAUGUGUUAUCAACAUAGAUUAGUCUCAAUUGUAUUUUAUUUUAAGAUAGGCUGAUGACAAUAUUUAUAUAUUUACGAACAAACCCUAAAUUGUGAAAGUGCCUAAAUUAAAUCAAAUCUAAAACUAUAAGAAUCAUGAAACUAACACUAAAAUAUCUUUGAAUAUGGUAAAACCCGCUUUUAAUAAAUUUACAAUCCCUCAAUAAUAUCUUCAGCAAAUAUUUCGCCUAUAUACUUAUAUAAAUCAAUAUGUUUUCCAUCUUACAAUCGUCCUUUGUGUUUGCCAAAAUAAUACAAUUGCUAAUUUUAAAACCUAAUAUCGAAGAGCAUAAAAAUUUAUUUCAUAUUACACUUGAAUAAAGCAUUGGUAUAUCCUUAAAAUAUAAGGAUUAAAAUCU